AUUUUCGCGCCAUCUCUCUCCAUCCUUUCGUCCCUCCCUCCCUCGCUCUCUCUCUUUCUCUCUCUCGAUCUACGUUGGUUAGUCAUGGUGGUUGCGCUCGGUCCCGGGAAGUUCUACGGGAGCAGCCUACCGAGGCCAUGGAUCUAUACAAACGUGAAGCUGAGCGACGAGGGUAGGGUUGAUCCCCCUUUGCCCGUUCUCGAGCCACUGCUUUCCUGGGCCAACGACGCCCACUGGUCAAUGGGCGGUCUUAGCUUCAAGCGUUGCAGGCUCCAAGGAAGGAUCGAAGGCAGCGUCAAAAAGCUCAGAGCCCAGCAGGAGAAGCAGCUUAAGAACAAGUUGAAAGCCAAAGAGACGGAGAAGAACCUCAAGAAAAGCAAUAUCGAUGUGUCUACUUCGCCUAAUGCGGAUCCUUCUCCUUCUCCUUUCACCCGGAGAGGCGAUUUUCUUGUCGAUGAGGACGAUUUAGUGGAAGAAGAACGCCCGACUGUUCGGUUUCGGAGAUUAAGGAAAAAAGUCGUACAUGAGAAUGCGAAGGAGAAGGUCUCACCGGUUAGGAGUUCAGCCCGUCGAUCUGCUGCUUCUCCCGCAUCGCCACCACCGGCACCUUCGCGGAGGGUUGAUGGUAUAAAUGCGGAUGAUUCAGAGGAGGAAGAAGUGGAAGAAACCCCUGUUGCGCGACUUCGGCGGGCGGCAAGGAAGCUUGGAGAUGAUUUUGAUAAGGUUGUUGGUGGCCCUGCACUGAAGAAAGUUGAAACAGAUGGUGGGAAGAGGAAGGAUGCAAGUGCAAAUGGAUCUAUUAUUGCAGGGAGAAGCAGGGGUAGCCCAUUGAAGAAAAACAAGAGAACGAGGGAGGGUGAAAAGAUAAUCAAUUCUUCGUCACCUUCUCCAAUUAGUCCUAUGGAUGCAAUAGCUUCUCGGACUCGGAGCCGGAGAUCCUAGAAGGCUAGAAGGGCGAUGCUUCUUACAAUUGAUGGUUGGUGUUGCUAUUCGUGGAAACAGAACCAAAAGAAAAAUGGAAGCAGGAAUGUGCUGAGAUGGUCUAGUUUAUUUUGGUUCAAUCUACAGUUCCGUGGCUCCCAUGGUUGAAUUGAACCUCUUUUCUUGUAGUUUCUUUCACUGGUUCAGUGUUUCUCCCAAUCUGUUAACUUGGUUUGGUAACAUGUAUGGAAGAAUAUGAUAUUUCUCUUUGUUUACAAUAACGCGGGAUAACAAUUUUUUUCUAGGUUUAUUGCUUAGCUGCCAUGGGACAUGAUGACUGAUUAGAUAAUUUUCUGUACGCUUUGUAUCUAUUCUCUUUGAUUCUCAUUAGACCAGUUUGUUAUAAAUAGAGAAAAGAGAAACAAGCGGAGGUCGGAUGUUUUGGAGUUUGCAUUUGAAAACCUAAAAAGUGGAAGAAGUCUUUUUUAA